AGUUCGGCUAUGCGUCUUCCUCCUCUUUCCCAUACUCUCUGACUCUGUAUAAAACUUUGAAGAAGCUCCUCAUAUUUUCUCAGAAACAAUUUGGAUGCAUAGAAAGGAAAAGAACAAAAUCAAAUCUAGCAAAUAAAAUGGAUUCACAAGCGCAGUUGCAACGUACUCAUGGUCAUCACCAAGCACAGGAGCCAAUAAGGAUUCACCAUCCAGAGGAAGAAGGGCAUCAUGAAAAAGGACCAUCAAAAGUUCUGAAGAAAGUGAAGGAAAAAGCAAAGAAGAUCAAGAAUGUUCUUACUAAACAUGGACAUGGUCAUGAGCACGAUCGUGGAGAACACAUCCCUGACGAUCACGAUCUAGACCAAGAAGACGAUGAAGAUGACUACAACGACAACCAACUCCACGGCGGUGCACCAGCACGAGGAAAAGCUCAUAUUCCGGUGAAGGAGGAGAUAGUCCCUCCAGGAUCGAAAGCUUUUCCAGUUGUUUCCUCUUCACAUACAAAACCCUCUGAGCCAGUGAGAGGAGUUGGCCACGAAGCAAUGUCUCGUCCUAUAAAACACUCCGGUGUACCGGAGAAAGAAGAGAGAAGAGGGGCUCCUACACUGACGCCGCAUAACACUCCCGUGUCUUUACUAUCUGCAACAGAAGAUGUGACAAGAACAUUUGUUCCUGAUGAACACAAGUCUCGAAACCAAAGUAAAGUUAAUAUCGACAGACCCAAAGGAUUGGACCAAGAUCCAGCUGCUCCGGGAUCUCAUGGUGGGUUGUCAAAUUAUCAGUCCAAAGUUACUGACCCCAUCGGAAAAUCUACUGGAGAAAUUGGAGCAGCAUCGACUGUCUCAGCUAUUGGAAGGUUAGGGUUGGGAACUGAUCUGCAGAAGAAAAGCCAUGGCCUUGAUACAAAACCGACUGCUCAGGGAUCUCAUGGUGGAAUGUCGAGUUAUCAGUCCAAAGUUACUGAUCCCACCGGUAAAGGAGCUGGAGAACAACCGAGUGUCGCAGCUUUUGGGAGGAGGAACGAAACAGGUGAAGAUGAUCACAUGGGACUGGGAAGAGAUCUCCGGGAGAAAAGUCAUGGUUUUGAUACUAAGUCAAGACCUGAAAUGGGCAAGCACAUACCGGCGGGAGACUAUGGAUCUAGAUUGGGGAAAGAAUCUCCGGAGCGGAGUGAUGAAUUUGAUCUGGGAAAAGAUUUGCCGACGAGAACUCAAGGUAUACAAAACCCUCAGGGUUUUGAUUCCAGAGGUCAGAGGAGAGGAGAGGAGAUGCACCAGCCUAAUCAGAGCAGCUACACCGAUAAGAUCUCAUUAGCGACUUCGGUCGUAGCAGACAAAGCUGUGGCGGCGAAAAACGCCGUCGCUUCGAAGUUAGGUUACUCCGGGGAAGGCGGCCACGAGAAUCGUGUGGAAGGAGCAGAAAAUCCUAGCUCCGCUGGUGGAUACGGAAGUACGGUCGCAAGUAUGGUGACUCCAGUUUACGAGAAGGUUAAAGAGACAGGAGCUAGUGUAAUGACGAAGUUACCAUUCACCGGGACCGGGACAGAGCAAGGACAAGACAGGGGCGUCUCGGCGAAAGAAUUCCUUACGGAGAAACUGAGUCCGGGAGAGGAAGACAAGGCUUUGUCGGAAGUGGUCACUGAGAAGCUUCAUCUUGGAGGAGGCGGUGGCGAAACUGCGCCACCGAAGAGAGGGAUAGUGACACAAUCGGAGGAGGUGGAGAAAAGGUUAGGAGGGUUUAAGGAUCCGAGCUCGGAAGCAGCUACGAAACAGGGUGAAGCAUAUGCGGAGAAAGGCGAAGGAGGGAUUGCGGAGAAGCUGAGAGGAGCUGUUACUUCUUGGAUCGCUGGUACGACGGAAGAAGUGACGCAAAAGUCUACAGAAUCUGUUCAAGACUCUACACAGUCACUUGGCUCCACCAUUGGUAAUACACGCCUCUUCCUGUUAAACAACGUUUUCGGCUUUUGACGGUGGUAAUGACUUUUAAUUUGGUGUAAUGAUGGUUAGGGAAUAAAAUGGGAAUUACGGGUUCGGGAGGAGGUGAGGCAGGCCAACAAGGUUCUAUGCCUUUGCAAAAGAGAUUUCAAGAAUCUGGAAACUGAGAUUCUGCUUCUUCUUUUUAAAUGUAUGGUUUGUUAAUCCUUUCUAAUGUGCGUUGUGGUUUGAUGAUCCAUGGCUUAUUUUGAUGUAUCUACUACUAGUACCAUGUAAAAGUAUGAAUAAAUUGAGUUAAAUAGUAUUGUAACU